UUUCCAUCUACUACUGUACCUUCGAUAUCUGCUCUAUUCUCAGUAAUUCAAAUAUCUCUUAACUCGGAACUUGAUAUUAUCUGCAAAAUUCCACAUUGUGUUCCUAUAUCAGCUCAUCGGAAAUGGAAUUUUGACGAUCUCCUGGAGAAAAUAUGGGACUAUUUAAACCUAAUAAGAGUUUACACGAAGCCUAAAGGUCAACUCCCGGACUAUACCUCUCCGAUAGUCCUCAAAUCGAGUGCACAUACAAUUGAAGACUUGUGUAACAAACUUCACAGAAGCAUCAUGAGAGAAUUUAAAUAUGCUCUCGUUUGGGGCUCCUCAGUCAGGCAUCAGCCGCAGCGUGUUGGCAAGGAACAUGUAUUGAACGAUGAAGAC